GAUGGGCUCCUCGCGGGGAGCCUGGAUGGGGGGUGUGGCAUGGCGAGGGGCAAUGGUCCUGCUGCUGAUUGGUCUCCUCCUGCCAGGGACCUUGGCUAAGAGCAUUGGGACCUUCUCAGACCCCUGUAAAGACCCUACACGUAUCACCUCUCCCAAUGACCCCUGUCUCAUUGGGAAGGGAGGCUCCAGUGGCUCCGCUUCCAGCUCCGGUGGCUCCAACGGUGGCUCCAGUGGCUCCAGCAGCUCCAGUGGUGGCUCCAGUGUCCCCAGCGGCUCCAGUGGCUCCAGCAGCUCCAGUGGCUCCAGUGGUGGCUCCAGUGUCCCCAGUGGCUCCAGCGGCUCCAGUGGUGGCUCCAGUGUCCCCAGCGGCUCCAGCGGCUCCAGUGGUGGCUCCAGUGGCUCCAGCAGCUCCAGCGGCUCCAGUGGUGGCUCCAGUGUCCCCAGUGGCUCCAGCGGCUCCAGUGGUGGCUCCAGUGUCCCCAGCGGCUCCAGCGGCUCCAGCGGUUCCAGUGGUGGCUCCAGUGUCCCAAGUGGCUCCAGUGUCCCCAGUGGCUCCAGUGGCUCCAGCAGCUCUGGUGGCUCCAGUGUGGCCCAGGGUGGUUCUUCGGGAUCUCUGCUGUUUAAGCCAGGGGCGGGGUACUCCCAGAGCAGCUCCUUCUCUGGGUCUGGCUCUAGUCUGCACAGUGUCUCCAGCUCCUCCCAGUUGGGGUCUGGCCCAGCUCGGCCAAACAGUGGUGGUUCUACCCACUUCAUGAUAAGCUCUUCCCAGUCGGGAGGAAGCUCGAGCUCCUCCGUCUCCCAAAGUUCCUGGGCAUCCAGCAGUGGUGGCCAAAGAGUCAACUCUAACUCGCACCCCUGCAGUGCAGAUGUCCCCGACUCUCCUUGCAGCGGGGGGCCCAUUGUCUCCCACUCAGGCCCCUACAUCUCCAGCUCCCACUCCGUGUCUGGGGGUCAAAGGCCAGUGGUGGUGGUAGUGGAGCAGCACGGCUCUGGUGGCCCUGGAGUGGUGCAAGGUGCCCCCUGCAGCAACGGUGGCCUUCCAGGCAAGCCCUGCCCCCCCAUCACCUCCAUAGAAAAGCCCUACGGUGGCUAUGAGGUGGUGGGUGGUUCCUCGAACAGUUAUCUGGCCCCGGGCAUGACCUACAGCGAGGGCAAAAUCUACCCUGUUGGAUACUUCACCAAAGAUAAUCCUGUCAGAGGCUCCCCAGCGGUGCCCUCCUUUGCAGCUGGGCCUCCCAUUUCUGAGGGCAAAUACUUCUCCGGCAAUCCCAUUGUGCCCAGCCACAGUGCCUCCAGUGCCAUCGUGUUCCAGCCAGUGGGCUCUGGUGGGGUCCAGCUCUGUGUGACCGGCUCCUCACGCACAAGGGGGCCCUGCUCCCCCUCCGGCUCUGGAGUCCACAGCAGCUCCAGUGUUGCCGGUGCUUCUGGGUCACCUUCCCAUCCCUGCAGCAGUGUUUCCCAGGGGCCCUGCUCCCCACCAGGCACGGGCUCGCUUAGCCACAGCUCCAGCUCCCAGUCCGGCGGCAAAAUCAUCCUUCAGCCCUGCGGCAGCAUGUCCAGCCCUGCUGGCCACCCUUGCCAUUCUGUCUCCUCUUCGACACUGAGCGGAGGUCCCAGUGGCUCUCCCCAAGCCAACCCCUCAGCUGGUGCCCAGCCCUGCGGCGGCUCUGAGAUGCCCUGCCGCUCCAUCCGGGACAUCUUGGCCCAAGUGAAGCCCCUGGGGCCCCAGCUAGCUGACCCCGAAGUCUUCCUGCCCCAAGGACAGUUACGUGACAGUCCAUAAGUCACUUCUGUUACAUGCAUGUGCAACACAC